AUGUUCCAUACUUUCGAGACCACUCAGUACACCAGUCCUGACCAGAGCGAAGGAAACCCUGCUGCUAAACGACGCACGUCCACUGUAAGAGCCUGUGAGCCCUGCCGGAGACGCAAGAUCCGAUGCAAUGGCGAGCACCCGUGCGAAACAUGUCAGUGGUAUCGGAAAGCCGCCUCCUGUCACUAUACUGAGCCCAGGCAGAGACAGAUGCCAUCCCGAAGAUCUGUCGAGAAAAUCUCGCAAGCCCUGCAGGAAUAUCGAGCCAUCCUCCAAAGACUCUUUCCCCACGUGCACCCCGACCAACUCAAAGACCUUUCUCGCGAGAGACUUGUGGAGCUCGUUUCCAAGACCAGCCCUUUCCAUCCUCCAUCUCCACGAACCCCGAGCGUCGAAGAGAAGCCGCCUCCCGUAAAUCCUGAUGCCGGCAGCCUGGAACAACUUCAGCCCAUGCCCGAGGAGGGCAAUGAACCCUUUGACCGUAAACCUCACGCCCUCAAAGGUAUCACUGACGACGUCAACAUGCUUUCUCUCUCUGUCAAGCAGAAUCCCUCCUAUCUGGGGAUCUCCUCCGUCAUGGCGGUUUUGCGCGUCAUCACUUGGCUCGAUCCCGAAUGCCUCACCAAAUCACCCGAGAGAAGCGUCGUUCCUAGCCGGGAAACCUCGUCCCCUCCCGAAAACCACGCGAUUGAGAAGGAUACCCCUCGAGGGGACGCCUCGUCGUCCUCGGCCUGGGACGAAAUCCCUCUCAUCAACGCCUACUUCACCUAUGUUCAUCCAUUUGUCCCCCUCAUCGAGGAACAAUCCUUCAGAGAAACCUACAUGGCUGCUCAGAGGACCGAUUCGCGAUGGCUCUUGCUUCUCAAUACCGUGUUGGCCAUGGGAAGCAUGGCGGCGGGGACCUCGGAGGACACCGGCCAUCAGGUAUACUUCAGCCGUGCCAAACAGCACCUCAACAUGGACGUCUUGGAUUCGGCUCAUCUGGAGACCGUCCAGGCCCUCGCCCUUCUGAGCGGCCUCUAUCUUCACUAUGUUCAGAUCCCCAACCAGGCCAAUGCCUUGAUGGGCGCCACGCUGAGGGUGGCUACCAUGCUGGGCUUGCACCGAGACUAUACCGAGGGUGUCGGUCCAGCAAAGGUUCAGAAGGCCUCGUUUUCGAUCGAAAUGCGACGAAGAAUCUGGUGGUGUGCCUUCAUGUUAGAUGCUUGGGUCGGAAACACUCUCGGAAGACCCAGUAUGGGUCGCAUGAGCCACGCCAUCACGGCGAAACCUCCUCAAGAACCGAUCGGUCAAUCCACGGUGAUGCUCACCCUGGUGCAAGAAAAUGUUCGUUUCUGUAUCAUCAGCACCAGAAUGGAAGAUGCACUGGCCAUCUCGCCACUACUCGAGGAGCAUGAACGUCAUGCACUCGAUGCCGUCUACCUGGAAUGGUACAAGCACUCUUCGGUGCGGAGCAGUUCACCGCGCCCUAACGUGGGUGAAUCUCCUGGCGUCACCGUGCUAAAGAACGUCAUGAGAUGGCGCUAUCUUUCCAACCGAAUCAUCCUCCACCGCCCAGUGCUAUUGUGGUACGCGAUGCGCAAGAUAACUUGGGAGAAAUUGUCCCCUGAGAAGAAAUCGGCGGUGGAACUGUGUCGUGAGGUGUGCGCAGAUCUGAUCAACGAUAUCGCUACCACUUGGCGAGGCCAAAAAGCAUGCCAGAUGUCUGGUUGGAAUGCGACGUGGUUACUUUACCAGGCAACCAUGGUCCCCCUUCUCUCACUUUACUCGGAUCCUCUCGACACCAAAGUCGUCGAAAGCAGUCGCCAUCAAGUGGAGAUGGCGAUGCGGGUCAUGAAAGAGCUUCAGGGUUGGUCUACCACGGCAAGACGGUCCUUGGAAGUUAUUGCCAGGCUAUAUGAAGCCAGCAAACGACACUCCCCCCAAAUUCAGGAACCGCCAGAGGUGUAUCUGCCCAAUACUAUGGAUACACCGACAUCGACGGCCACUCCCGCACCACCACCACCACCACCAUCAUCGGCAGCAAAUUUCCGCCCGGCAUACAUCGACGUCUCCUUUGCCAGUUCGUAUGGCAAUCCACCCGUCCUGAACACAGCUAGCCAGGAAGUGUUUAUGGAUAAUAUGUUUGCCAGUUUGAAAUGGAGUACCAGUUGGGACAGUCCCAUAGGCGGCCCUCAAAUGAUGAAUGGCUGGGAUUACAGUUCCAUGCACAAUUGGGCCGGUAUUCCACAAGCCGACGAAUAUUUUGACAUGGGCUUUGCCGAAGAUCCCACCCAUAUGGGAUUCGAUUUGGACAUGCAAACCUCCAAUCCGACCGAGAUGAUGAAUGGACAGAUGGAACACCGCCAUUCGUUAUGA